UCAGUGGUUCAUUCUUCACACUCCUCACGCGUUUAGUUGACUCGAGUCCGUCAAAAUAAGCAGCGCGAGCGCGGACGCGUUACAUCAUCAGCGCACCUUAACGCAGGUGACAGGACACCCGGAAGAACAUCGACUAUCACACGAGUCACUUGAGUUUCAUUCAACCCCAGAAGAGCCGAGCAGAUCACGGUCAUGCCAGACCUCAAGAAGAACAAGUUGUUUAUGGUGCUGAUGGAUAUCUUGUGUGUGCUCGUGGUGGCGAUGCCGUUCAUCAUAUUGACCAUCAGGUUCCAGCCGUACCAGCGUGGCGUUUACUGUGAUGACAAGACCAUCCAUUAUCCCUACAGACCAGACACCAUCUCUCACAAAAUGAUGGCGGCCGUUACCAUUCCCUGCUCCAUCAUUAUCAUCAUUUCCGGAGAGGCCUACCUGGUCUACACCAAACGUCUCCACUCCAAUUCGAACUUUAACCAGUACGCCGCGGCGCUCUAUAAAGUGGUGGGGACGUUUCUGUUCGGCGCAUGUGUGAGCCAGUCUCUGACCGAUAUGGCCAAGUACACCAUCGGACGCUUGCGGCCCAACUUCAUGGCGGUGUGUGCUCCAGAAGUGUGCGAGGGCUACGUUCUGGUGAUCAACUGCACGGGAAGCCGUCACAAUGUGACCGAAUCCAGGCUGUCGUUCUACUCCGGUCACUCCUCCUUCGGGAUGUACUGCAUGUUGUUUCUGGCGCUGUAUGUCCAGGCACGUAUGGCAUCCAAGUGGGCCCGCCUCCUCAGGCCCACAAUUCAGUUCUUCCUGGUGGCCUUUGCCAUUUAUGUGGGAUACACGCGUGUGUCUGACUACAAGCACCACUGGAGCGAUGUGGUCGUGGGGCUCCUGCAAGGGGCGCUGGUCGCAGUCCUCACGGUGCGAUACAUCUCGGACUUCUUUAAAGAGCGACCCCCUCUCUGCCAGGAUGUUGAAAAUGCUGAAAACGAAGACAGUGAGCGCAAGCCCAGCCUUCAUAUUGCAGACACGGACAGAAACCAUUACUCCCACAGAGGGCCUGUAUGAGCCUGACCUUUGACCUGUGAGAGCAGUCACACAGAAGCACUGGAUGCUGCAGCACGUCUCAUACAGACAGCCACACACACUGUACACUGGCUCCGACUGCGCUCUCUUCCACAGGAUAAUGCUCCCAUUUCACACACAGAGAGAGAGCGAGUGAAUUCAUCAACGAACACUUAAUAUUCAAUUUUAAACUUCUCUACAGACCGUGUUUAUACCAGAUUUUGUCUUAUGCAUUCUCAUAUACGCCAAGUGCACAUAUCACCUGACAUCUGAUGAACCGUGAGGGACUUUAUUGUAAUCCGAGCACAAAGACGCACUUCUCCAAGGGGAACUGGUCGUUUCCAUGACAACCUCAAAACCACCGGUUGACAUUUACUGACUAGCUGUACUUCUGCUGUUGGAAGCGA